AUGGCGCAGUCAGACGACGAGGAUGAUUACAUGAACAUGGUGUUUGACGAUGCGCCGAAAGGUCCAAAGUAUGAAACGUCAUUGCAGCGCGCCGCGCGCAAGCGCAAAGAGGGCGAAGCCAGAGCACGACAGAAAACAAAGGCUGAACGUGAAGAAGAAGCCGAAGCUGCCCGAGAAGCUGCCCUAGCCACUGCUCUCCCUGAGACAAAUAAGGGAUUCAAGAUGAUGGCCAAAUUCGGUUUCAAGCAAGGCGAUGCGUUGGGAAAGUCGGGUGACGCGCGAAAAGAACCGAUACGAGUCAACAUGAAAGAUGAUCGAGGAGGAAUUGGCCUCGAGUCAGAGAAGAAGCGCAAGUUCAGAGAGCAAUUCGAGGAGGCCGACCGACUCGCGAAACGCGCAAAGGAAGAGGAGGGCGAUUACCUCGAGGUGAUGCGACAGGAGCAAAAAGAGAAGAAGGCCGAAAGAGACUUGGAUAACGCGCAGAGGACAGCCGAGCGACUAGCGGACAGAGAGGCAGAAGCCAAAGGUGCCAGCGACACGAGUGAGAAGCCGCUCAAGGAUAUCAAUGUCCUUUGGCGGGCGCGAGCACGACGAAGAGUCGAGGCAAAGCGCGAUAAGCAGCAGCGGCGAGAACUGAAUAACAGCAUUGCGUCACGACUACCCACAUUAGCUCCUGAGGAUGAAGACGACGACUCCAAGAUUGCUCAGGGUAAGGACCUAGCGCCUUUCUACACGACUCUUGAAAAUGAGCUAGAGGAUGAAGAUCCGGAACUUGCCGAAUUUGAGGCCUUGCCUGUGGCAGAGCGUCUUGAAAAGUUGCUGCUUUUCCUUCGUGACAAGUACCACUACUGUCUCUAUUGCGGGUAUGAGUAUUCAGACCCAGAGAUGGACGGAUGCCCUGGAGUGACUGAGGAAGAUCACGACUAA